ACAUCAUGCUGGUGUUGGUAUUGGCAGCUCUAGCGGCUGCAGCUUCGGCGGUUGACGUCCCCAUUAGUAACCACUGGGACGGCGGCUUCCAGGCGAAGGGCUGCGUCACGAUCACGAAAGACCUUCAUAGCUGGAAGGCACACUUAACGUUCUCUCAGGCCGUCGAUUCUCUAGAUGUCAGCACGGCCAAUGUCCAGAAGACCAAUGGAGGGAAGGAAUACAUCCUGACGAACAAACAGUGGAACGCUGAUGAACACGCCGGAGACAAACUCUGUCUGGAUUUUGUGGGUCACACAAGUGGCAACAUCGCCCCUAAGGCCACCCUGACAGUUGAGGGCAUGGCUGCCGGUAGCUCCCACUCCGGUGGUUCCAACACCGGCACCCCCACCAGUACCCAUAGCGGUACUCAGGCCCCUGUGCAUACAGGAGGCGGUAAAGAAAGAUACAACUAUGGCGAAGCUCUUGGCAAGUCCAUCCUGUUCUAUGACGCUCAGAGAUCCGGCAAACUUCCGGCCAACAACCCCAUCAAGUGGCGAGGUGACUCCGCCCUGGGAGACAAGGGAGAUAAUGGGGAGGAUCUGACCGGGGGCUGGUAUGAUGCCGGUGACCACGUCAAGUUCAGCUUGCCCAUGUCCAGCUCCUCCACCCUCCUGCUGUGGGGCUACUUACAGUGGAAAGAUGCCUAUGCCACAACGAAACAAACAGACAAAUUCUUUGACAUGAUCAAGUGGCCCUUAGACUACUUCUUGAAGUGCUGGAUUCCAUCCAGUCAGACUCUGUAUGCACAGGUUGGAGAAGGAAAUGAUGACCACCACUUCUGGGGCCGUGCUGAGGACAUGAAGAUGGCCAGACCCGCCUACAAACUCACACCAAGCAAACCUGGAUCAGAUGUUGCUGGAGAGAUUGCUGCCUCCCUAGCUGCUGGGUAUCUGGCAUUCAAACAGAGAGAUCAUGCCUACGCAAAUAAACUUCUGGCUGCAUCCAAGCAAAUCUAUGCGUUCGGAAAGAAGUACCCUGGAAAGUACAGUCAGAGUAUCUCGGAUGCCGGCCAGUUCUACUCAUCAAGUGAUGACAAGGACGAGAUGUGUGAGGGCGCCAUGUGGCUGUACAAGGCAACAAAUGACAAGUCCUACCUGGCCGAUGCCAAGGGAUUCCACGAGAAUGCCUGGGCAUGGGCUCUAGGAUGGGACGACAAGAAAAUCGCUUGCCAGCUGCUGUUGUACGAGGCUACCAAGGACUCUGCUUACAAAGACGAAGUGGUGGGUUUCUUCAAGGGCUGGCUCCCUGGUGGCUCCAUCACCUACACUCCAUGUGGACAGGCGUGGAGAGACCAGUGGGGCUCCAACAGAUAUGCAGCUAACUCUGCCUUUGUUGCGCUGUUGGCUGCUGAUGCUGGUAUUGACACUGCAACCUACAGGAAGUGGGCAGUUGAGCAGAUCAACUACAUCCUCGGGGACAACAAGUACGGCAUCAGCUACCAGAUCGGCUUCGGCUCCAAAUAUCCCAGGAAUCCUCAUCACAGAUCUGCCUCCUGUCCCGACAUUCCAGCUCCCUGCACAGAGGUCAACUUACACUCUUCCGGUCCCAGCCCCCAUAUCCUUGUGGGCGCCAUAGUGGGAGGUCCUGGUAAAGAUGACUCCUACAAGGACGACAGGGAGGACUACGUCCACAACGAGGUGGCCUGCGACUACAACUCAGGCUUCCAGUCUGCUUUAGCUGGUCUCACUCAUCUUGUAAAAAGCUAAGGAGUUGCCAGCAGUUCCUGCACCAAAGUGUCAUGGUUGAGACAUAACGUGUUUGUAUUAAAAAUGAAAUAAAAUACUGAAUGGCAUUGAAUUAGUUUAUUUUGUUAGUAGCUUUUGUGACAGUGUGAAUAUGUUUUAUAAAAAGUCUUG